UGCUCUUGCUCUCACCCAGCCCCUCUGUGGGGGGCUCCUGCCCAGGAUAAAAGCCAGGGGGAGGCUGCCCAGUCCCCAUCCUCUCUCUCAGGAGCCACUUCUUCUCUUUUGGUUUCUUUUUAGGUCUCACUUCCACUGAAGAUCCCAAGACAGCAUGCCUCCCAAGAAGCCUGAGCCUAAGAAGGAGGCUGCCAAGACAGCUGCAGCCCCAGCUCCAGCCCCCGCCUCGGCUCCUGAGCCCCACAAGGACUCUGCCUUUGACCCCAAGAGUGUGAAGAUAGACUUCAGUGCCGACCAGAUCGAAGAGUUCAAAGAGGCCUUUUCGCUGUUUGACCGGACUCCAACGGGAGAGAUGAAGAUCACCUACGGUCAGUGUGGGGAUGUGCUACGGGCCCUGGGCCAGAACCCCACCAACGCGGAGGUGCUUCGUGUGUUGGGCAAACCCAAGUCUGAAGAGAUGAGUUCCAAGACACUGGACUUCGAGAUGUUCUUGCCCAUCCUACAGCACAUCUCCCGCAACAAGGAGCAGGGCACCUACGAGGACUUCGUGGAAGGGCUGCGGGUCUUUGACAAAGAAAGCAACGGCACUGUCAUGGGGGCCGAGCUUCGGCAUGUCCUUGCCACCCUGGGAGAGAAGAUGAGUGAGGCCGAGGUGGAACAGCUGUUGUCUGGGCAGGAGGAUGCCAAUGGCUGCAUCAAUUAUGAAGCCUUUGUCAAGCAUAUCAUGUCUGGGUGAAGAGAUUUCUCUGGUGCUUGGCCCUGGGAGACCCAUGGUGGCUGUCACGGAGUCUUGGCCUCACAGGCCCAUAACAUCCCCUGUAAAUAAAG